AAAGGAGAGAUGGUGGGAACAGAAGAAGAGUGAAAGUACAGGGCUGAGUGAGGGGGUGAACAAGCUGAUUGCCAACUGGAUAUGGAGGAUUCUGGCAAAGUCCAACGUCUGUGCCGUUUCUAAGGAAACAACAAAGCGACAAAGUUCACAGAGCAGAAGCUGAACUUACCAGAAGCUGGUUGUGAUGAGAGGACGAAUCUGCAAUCAGCGGAAAAACAAAAUCAGGUAAAAGUCACUUAGUGGGCACAGACUGACCAAUGGAAGAUCACACGACCUCACCAGAUGCGGCGGGUACCGGAAGCACUCCGUUUGCCAUGGUAACAGACUCUGUAGGAGCUGAACCGGACCUGCGGGUUCUGUGCAAUAGAUUGGAGGUCCUGGAGCAGAAAGCAGGUUCAGUCAUCCAGCCUGACAGCUAUCUGAGGAGCAGGAUCAGAGAGUUAGAGAGGUCUGAGAGGAGCUUGCUGCUACAGCUAUAUCAGCUAGCGUCUGCCUCCCAGCUCCCCAGCAUGCAACACUCCCAGAGGCUUGACCAGAGACUCCAUCUGCUCAGGGAGGAGGUCAGGAACAUGACUCAGGAGAAGGAGCGAGGAGAGCGAGUAUGGAGGGAUCGAUUGCAGCGCUGUCAGAGACAACUGAAGGCCAAAGAGGAGGAGAUGACUCGUCAAUCCCAAUAUUUUGCAAACUUUAAAACCCAACUCCAACACAAGCUCAGCCUGGCCCGGGACAAAGAGCAGAGCCUACAGAAUCGGAUCUACACUUUAGAGAAGCAGCUACUUGACAUGACUGUGAGUGCUGCCACUGGCAUGGCAUCAAUCAGAGCAGUCAGAAUUACUGCUGGGACUGUAGCACACUUAGAUGAGCGCGACAGAUUGCCCUCCAUGAGAGGAGAAGGGGAAGGAGAAGAGGAGAAAAAGGAGGAGAGGAGGAAGCAAUGGCUGCCAAGUGUGGCAACUGAGAGAGAAGAAAGGCGAGAGGGGGAUGAGGGAACGACAGAGAAAGAUGCUGAAGGAGGAAGAAACAAAGACAUUAAACAGACAACAAAUGAGGCCAGACUGCAAGGCUUCAUUAUCAGCCUGCAGGAGGAUCUGAGGGUGCUGCUGGAGAGAGAGGAGCAUAAGAUGACUGAGCAGAGGGGGCUAAUGGAGCAGCUCCAGGAGGCCCAAGAGAACAACCACUUCCUGAGCUGUAAAGUGGAGGAGAUGAAGGCAGAGGAGCACCGGCUAAAACUGUCUGAAAGCUCCCUCAUGGAGGAGGUUGAAGAACUGAGAGAGGAGAACCAAAGAGUCCAGCAGAUCCUCAGGGAUGCAGCUAACCAAGCACCUAGUCAGCCAUCCACAACCCCUAAGGCCACAUGCCUGAACCCUGGGACCAUCUCGCGUAGUUGCAGUCCUGCUGUUUGUUCUUUGCCCUUCAACGCUCUCUCAUAUAUGACUACCACGGGACACUCGUCAUCAGGGAGCUUGGGAGAGGUCAAGCCGACCUCAGAUGAGGGAAUAGGAGAGCCACAUUCGUCUCCAGUUCUUUCUGUUCACCACCAGGCUGCAGCAGAGAGCACACAAACCAACACACAGGAUCACCCCUCAUCAGCCAAAUCAAAAACUCCACCUAAAACUGUUCCCCUCAACCUAUUUCACCACGUUGGUGCCAUAUCUGACAACAGCUUUGAGUCAGUUUCCUUGACGACAGAGUCAUUAGGUGAGUUUAAAGUGGGGAACUGGUGCACUAAAGGGAUCCUAAACUUGGAAGAAAGCCCCAGCGAGGAAUCUGAUGCCCUAAGGGAAGCGUACAGGAGCUUGGGGUUCGGGGAAGAUCUUCAAGUUCUUCAAGAGCAACAUGACAACCUGGAGGUUGCCCUGCAGCAUGCGCAGGAUCAGCUGCAGGUGAUGGCUCAGGAGAACGCUCGACUGAAAUUACAACUCAGGAAAAAAGUAGAGGAGCCGCAGAGGGAGACAGAGCAAGAAUCUUCAAAAGAAAAGAUCAGCACUCCAUCCACCAAUGAUAGAGCUGAUCACCUCCAAUCAGCUCCUACCCAAGACGACACCAUUCUCGCCCUCGACCAGGGUGAUCUCGUCCAAGCCCUUAAUCGGGAAAACCGGGCCCUGGCAGAUCGGAUCCAGGAGCUGUUGGCUCACAUUGAGCUCAGAGAGGAGGAGAUCAUGAAACAGCAAACCCAGCUGAGAGAACUCGUCUCCAGACUAGAGGAGGAUGCUGUCCGGCUGGAUCAGGAGAACCAGGAACAAGGGUGUCUGAUCUCAGAACUCACCAAGAAGACUGAGGACGAUCUGAAUACCAUUAUGGAGCUGCAGCAAAAGUUAGUGGAAAGUAAAGAGCAUGAGGAGGAGUCACAGGGUCAUAAGCAGCAGUGUAGUGAAUGUAGAGCUGCAGUAUCAGGAAGUUCCAUACAGAACAACCAAGAAGAAUGUGUCAACAGUUUAGUUGAAAGUGUGCUAAAAGGAGAAGAACAGUCGACGUUUAUUCAAGAUAUGUACACUUUGCCCACAUCUGCUGCAUCUGUUUGUCCACAUAAUAAUAAGAGUGAUUCAUUACAGAACAGCUCACAGAAUAGUCUGCAUGUGACUUCACUGACAGAUCAAGUGGCCCAUCUAACUAACUCAGUCCAGAGCCUCAAAACAGAACAAGAAGAACUGAGUGGAUCAAUAAAUUCUCUCAGAGAGCAGCAAAGAGAGGCAUGUCUGUCAGUCCAAACACAAACAGAAGAGAAACAACAAUUAACUCGUACAAUUUGGGGACUGAAAGAAGAGAAAGACUGCAUCUCUCAGUGUCUGGCUGGCCUUAAGCAAGAGAAAGAGCAGCUGAGCAGGACAGUCUGUGGGCUGAAAGAUGAGAAAGACCAGUUUAUAAGAUCCAUGAGUGGCUUAAAAGAGGAGAAAGAGCAGCUAACAAAGUCUUUAUCUGCUCUUGAAAGAAAUAAGGAGGCAAUAAUGGAAUCUCUUUCAAGUGGAAAAGAAGAGAGAGAUCAAAUCAUGCAGUCGCUGCAAAGUUUACAGACAGAGAGUGACCAGGUAAGCCAGGCAGUGCUUUAUUUGAAACAAGAGAGAGACAAACUAACCAAUUCCCUCAAGUGUCUGAAGGAACAGAGAGACCAGGAACAAUUAUCUCACACUUUAAAAGAAGACCGUGAGAGGAUGAUAAAAUCUGUUUGCAGUUUGGAAGAAGAAAAGGGGAGAGUUGAACAUUCAGUCAGCUGCUUGAAAAAAGAGGAAAAGCAGUUAAUGCUCGUAAUCCAAGGACUGAGAGAGGAGAGAAACGGUCUGCAAACAGAGGAGAGGAAUCAGAAGCAGCAUUUUUUGAAUCCAGGUAGCGCCGGCAUGACGAAGAAUCCCGAGACUCUUGCUGGGUCAGGAGACUAUGCUACACAAAGAUGUCAGACUAAUAACCACAUAGGAAGCUUUAUACAGGAGCAAAGCGAUUUGAAGAGAGAGAUUGAAGCUAUAGGAGCAGAAUUCAAGUGGUCACAAGAGGAACUGGACAAGAGCCAUGUAGAGACCAAGAGAUUGCGCAGCGAAUUGUGUCAGUCAGAAACCAGAAGGGAGGAGGCAGAGAGAAAGGCAACCCGAGCAGCUGAAGAGGUGAUGAGGCUGACAGAUGCAGGCAGUCAGAUGGAAGAAACCAGGAUGGAAAAUGACAACCUUACAAUACAGGUGAAGGAGCUGCAGAGCAAACUGGCAGGCCUGCUCAGGGAGAAGACUGAUGCUCUGUCACUUAAGGCACAGAUAGAGGAGCAAUACAACAUCCUCACAGCUCAGCUCAAAGCUAAGACUGUCGCUCUAGAGGAGCUGAACUCAGAGUAUAUAGCUCUGAAAAGAGGGCAGGGCAACAGGGAUGAUCUGAGCGCUGUUCUUGUCUCACUCAGGGCACGUUACAAUGACAUCAGAUCAAAGUAUGAUGCACUCCUUAAACAGAGAAGCCAGGCAGGUCUGGAUAUAGCUCCUUUAAAGGCUAAGCUGUCCUGCCUGGUGGUGAAGUGUCAGGAGAGGAACAGCUUGUUAGUUCAGAUGAUGAAGGCCAUGCACAGACAAGGAUGUGUGGACCCCGAGCUCACACAGCAGGUUGAGCAUCUGCUCAGUGAUGCGGCUCUGCACGACUACACUGCAGCAUUUACACCAGGAAGCAACAUUAAGGCCCGAGAGUACUGUAUUGGCUUCAUACCAGAGUUUAUUUCAAAAUUCCAAGACCACAUCAGUGGAUACACACCUGAUCAGACCUGCCUGGUUGUUUCCACCUCUGCAAGCAGGCAACAACAAAGUGGAGUCACACCUGAAUCUGCAGUGCAAGGCAGCAAAAGUGAAAAACACAUUUCCAUAGUUAAUACUGAAUCUUCAACCGAUCCUCAAGGCUGCAGCAGUGAAGUCCAACCUGCAGGAGCACUUAAGAAAAAUGCCAACUCACCUGUGCCAACCUCACCUGUGCAAGAGCAUGCCAGUGUCCAGAUGUCAUCGUCACCUGUUGUUCCAGUUAAAGAGAGCCUGAUCACCAGAAAAGUACAGCUGUCUUCUUCUGCCAUUGGACCAAUCCAAGCAACCAUUCGACCAGAGAAAUUUGGAGUCCAUCAUGCAGACAUUAUAGCGAAGUCCUCCCCAGAUCUGACCAGUUUGAAUGAAUCCUCAAUGAGUCCCAUCCCUCCCUCCUCCAGCACCCGAGUCAGUCCGAGCAGGAGGCUGAGUAGCCCUGAGAAGAUCCUCAACCUGCACGAGCAACUGCAGAAGACUCUGAUGAGCAGCUAUCAGACUCCAGAGAGCCGAGGAAGAAGACAGCAGCCCAGGCGGAGUCUGUCACUCUCAGCUCCAGCAGACCUGAAACCAGCCUUCCAGACACACAAACAGAACCUCAGUUUCACUUUUCCACAUGCCAACUCUCUCCCAUUCACCACUGCUUCGCACCAAGCUAAACACACUCUAGUAGUACCAACUACAAAUGUUGCCACUUGUAAGUCGUCAGCACUUUUUAAUGCAGUUGCAUCCAGAUCUGCAAAUGCGACGUUCAGUCCUAGCAUGUGUACAAACCAUCGCCUUAAAGCGGACACAUUUAAAACAACAACGUCCGCUCUUUCUAGCUCUUCUAACUUACCUUUUUCCACCGUGGCACCAAACAAAGUUGAAUCGACAUCAAGCAGUGAAACUAAUAUCGCAAUAUCUCCAAAACUGACAAAGAAAAUCACUGCUAUACCUGAUGUGUCUGUUGUUGCACAUACAGCUUCUACUCCACACAACUGCCCCAAGCAUAUCAACUGCCCCUAA